AUGUUGCGGGACGGCAAGGAGUUUUCGGCAUCCAUCAAGCCGGAAAUCCGGGAAAUUGAUGACCCGCUUGGCAACAAGGUCAAGACUACCCUGAUUGGUGUGAAGCUGGACCGCAAAUCGGGAGCGAUUCGUAUCGAGGAACUCACCACCGUGCAGUCCCUGGGUGCGGCAUUUGAUCAAUCACUUUUUAUUGCAAAAGAAACCGGCAAUUUUAUCAUUCGCCUGGUCAACGGGCGGGAAGACAAGUGCCAGUUAGGCGGGCCGGUGAAGAUUGCGACGAUGGCGGGGCAAGCAGCAAAACGCGGUAUCGAUUGGUUGAUCCAAUUGGGUGCCAUGUUGUCGAUUGGCAUAGGAAUACUGAAUUUGCUGCCGAUUCCGCCUUUGGAUGGAGGGCAUUUGAUGCUUUACGGCAUUGAGGCUGUCCAGAGAAAGCCGGUUUCAGCGAAAGCGCAGGAUGUCCUGUUCCGGAUUGGCGGAACGCUCGUGCUGAUGUUCAUGCUGUUUGUGUUCUACAACGACCUGUUUGGUUGCCGUUAG